AUGUCUGAAAAUAAGAAGGUACCGCAUCAUCAAGAAAAUUCCUUAAUCUAUACGAAAAAGCACUCACCGAACACAGGGAAAGACUAAAAGUGUAGUCGAAGAGGAGACCGGAGGAGAAGCAUCAGGAGUAAACGCGGAAGAGAUUUUCGAACACGCUGAGGAGGAAUUCUGCCAGGAAGUAAUCAACGCAGGCGACAACCUUGUGGAACACGCAAGGGAGCUGGCGGAAAGGGGGAAAAUAACCACACAGGAGAGCAGGGAAUUUGCGGGAUUAACCGCUCCCAAAGGACCCCCCGAAGUCAGGAUUAAAGCCUUAAGGGAACAGAAGAAAGUAUUGGAAACCAAUAUAGAACUCGAAACAGAUCCCGAAAGACGACAGAUUAUGCAAGAGGGCAUGGAUGUUGCCGAGCAGGUAUAGAUAACGCCAACCUAUAGAUGGGUCAGCAACCCGAAACUGAGGAGGGAAAACACAGGUAUAGGGAAAUUGUAAGAGAAAAUAUCAGGACAAAAUUCGAAAGAUUCUGCAAAUGGGCAAAGGAAAACCUAGGCGCACUAGCCGCCAUUGGCACUUCUAUCGCUGGUACUAUCACUACAGUCGUAGUGGCAGGAAAUAAACCAUCGUAGGAGCCUCCAAAGGAUUAGGAGCCGCAGGAAAAGCAUUGGCUGGACUUCCAAAAUCCGCACUACCAAUCCUAGUACCUAUCCUAAAUUUACUAAGUACUAUCCUAAGCUGGGGAGCUAAGGGUCUCGCCUUCCUUGCCCAGAACCUAUGGAUCGUAGCAAUCCUAAUUGUUGGGGCUAUAUACAAAUACCUACAAAGUAAACGAAAGAAAUAAAGUUAUACUAUAAUAAAACAUAAUGGACCGAACAACUGAACUUAUGCCUAACUUCCGACGCAUGAACAGGACGGAAAUCACUAGGGAUAGGACCAGACAUGUUUUAACCUUCAAUCCCAAUUCUUCAAAACCUGGAGAAGAAAUUUACGUUAAUAUUCCAAAGCUAAAAGCCGACUCAGUUCUUGUACCGGAUAUUUUGGCUUUAGUUUUCGACUUUAAGAACAGUAAUACAAAAUCCUGGUUUAGGAACAACCUAGGGAAACUACUCCAGAAAAGACUGGAAAUCCGACUCGCAGGAGAAAAGGUUUUCGACAACAGCGGGGAAAGCUUACUGGAAGUAUCAAAGACCUAUGGUUACACAAAAAACAGCGUGAUGAUAUGGUCGAUGAUGGUAUCGCUAGCGAAGCCACAAUGAAGAAAAUAUCCAAAGACGACGCCGCAAACGAUGAUGCAGAGGCUACCGCAUUAUUCAGUGUAUUCGGAACAAAACAGAAAAUCCGGAUCAACAAAAUCCUCAAAGAUCACGGACUUUAUGCCCCACACAACAUGGCAAACGACUUACAAUAUGUGAUCACCAUACCCACAGCGGCCGAAAUCAUGAACGCACAGGGUGGGGGAAUCUGUGGAAGGAUACACCCUAGAAAACAUCGAACUGUAAUACGAGUCCAUCGACAACAUCGAUCUUGCAAGGAAAGCCGAAAACCUAUACGGAUCCGAACGCGAGUUAUCCUUCGAACACGCUACCCUAAUGAAGAAAACGGAAUGGAGCAAAGAUUCCACCAUUAUCAACGAAACGAUCAACGUACCACGAAGGAGUAUGAAAGCCAUUGUCAUGCUAUUCACAAACCAAACGAAGACAGACAGUGA